UCUUCUUCUCUGUUCCGUUCCUGACUUAAGCAAACUCUUUGCCCUUCUUCUCGACGACGGUGAACGUCGAAGUGAAAGAUUACAGCGAUGAACUUCUCAACGAGGCUCGCUGAUAAACUUCCCGGUAUCUUACCGGCGCCGUCUUCUCCGCUCCUGCGUAAAGGAUUCCCUGAGUUAAGAUCCUUUUCAAUUGCAAACCACAGUAGAAGAUUGAGAUGGGGAUUGCAGAAGAAGAUGGUUUGGAGUUUGCAGAGAGCAGAACUCUGUGUAGUGAGCAAUUCAUGCAUAGUUCAUCCAGCAAACGAAGCCUAUGCACAAGAAGCUAUCGAAGCAAUCAAAUCCGAGAAAGUUAUCGCUGUGCCAACCGAUACGCUUUAUGGAUUCGCUUGUGAUGCUUGUUCUUUAGAAGCAGUUAACCGGAUAUAUGAGAUCAAAGGCCGUAAGCUUACAAGCCCUUUAGCCAUCUGCGUUGGCGAUGUAUUAGAUAUCAAGAGAGUUGCUACCACAAACCACUUACCUCACGGUUUACUCGACUCGCUCUUGCCCGGUCCAGUCACUCUCGUACUUCAACGAGGUGAGUCAAGCAUUCUUGAAAGGUCUCUAAACCCAGGGAUUGAUACUAUUGGAGUACGGGUUCCAGAUUGUGAAUUCAUUAGGGAAGUAUCGAGAGGUUCAGGCAGUGUGUUGGCUCUUACAAGUGCUAAUCUAAGCGGUGAUAGAAGCAGCGUUUGCGUUAAUGAUUUCGAGAAUCUUUGGCAGCAUUGUGCUUAUGUCUAUGAUGGUGGUUUGCUUCCAUCGGGCCGUGCGGGAUCGACCAUAGUCGAUCUGACUAAAGUGGGAAAGUAUAAGAUCAUUAGACCUGGAAGCGCGAAGCAAGCAACAGUGGCGAUUCUUGAGAAGUAUUUGCUGGAAGAAGAAGAAGAAGACUGUUAAGAGAAGAAUGCUGGCUAAACUCUGAUAUGAUUUCCAAGAAUCUGAGGUUUUUGCUUUAGUUCUUUACUCGAUUUUUGGUAUUUGUUUAAGAUAUCAGAUAUGUAUGUGUAGUGUAAUACGAGAAGAUUGUUGAUUUUGAGCGUAUGCCAGCUUCAAUUUUUCGUGGCACGUAUGUGUAAUUCAAAGGGUAUUAGAGAACCGUUGCGUAAUUUUCACUUAUAUCUCUUAUUGAUCCAUUUGGAAAACGAACAAAAAAAGUUUGAAG